AUGAUCUUGAUCCUAUUCACAACGAGUGUGUCAUCGGCAUAUAGGUCAUAUGCAGCUGCUACAAGUAGUCAGGUCCACACCAAGUGUAAAUUAGUGGAUGGGGUGUAUGUCAUUACUUUAGACUCUCCAAAUGUUAAGGUAAAUACUUUAAACACUGCCUUGAUGGAUGAGUUUAGAAAUAUUGUAAACGAAGUUGAUUCAAAUCCAGCAAUAGAGGCUGCAGUAUUGAUAUCGGGUAAACCAGGCUGCUUCAUAGCAGGUGCUGAUAUUUCUAUGAUUGAGAAUUGCAAAACAAAAGAGGAUGUUGUCAGUCUUUCCAAAGCUGGGCAUGAAAUCUUUAAAAGAAUGGAGAACUCUCGAAAGCCUUAUGUAGCAGCAAUACAGGGAUCAUGCCUUGGAGGAGGUUUGGAGACGGCACUUGCCUGUCGAUACCGGAUAGCAGUUAAGGACUCAAAGACUGGGCUAGGGCUACCAGAAGUAAUGCUAGGACUUCUGCCAGGGGGUGGUGGCACUCAAAGGACACCAAAACUCACCUCAAUACCUACAACAUUGGAUCUGGCUCUAACUGGCAAAACUGUUAAAGCUGAUAAAGCCAAGAAACUUGGAUUAGUGGAUUUACUAGUGUCACCUUUAGGACCAGGUUUGGGACAACCUACUGAUAAUACAAUGAAAUACUUAGAAAAUGUUGCUGUACAAAUUGCUAAAGAUAUUGCAUCAGGAAAACUGAAAGUGGAUAGAUCAAAAAAGGGAGUAGUUGAAAAAGUAAUGUCCACAGCAAUGAAAUGGGAAUUUGUUAAGAACAUAAUCUUCAACAAAGCUAAAGAGCAGGUUAUGAAAGCAUCUCGUGGUUUAUACCCAGCUCCCUUGAAGAUUCUUGAAGUUGUUCGAACUGGAGUGGAUAAAGGCUCGGCAGCAGGUUAUGAAGCUGAAGCUCAAGGAUUUGGAGAAUUGGCAAUGACUCCACAGAGUAAAGGACUGAUUGGACUUUUUAGAGGACAAACGGAAUGUAAAAAGAAUAGGUUUGGUAAAUCUCAAGUGGAUGUUAAAACAAUUGGAGUUCUUGGUGCUGGUUUAAUGGGUGCUGGUAUUGUCCAAGUCUCUAUUGAUAAAGGAUACAAUGUAGUCAUGAAAGAUGCAACAAAUGCUGGUCUUUAUCGAGGUGUUGGACAAAUACAAACUGGCCUAGUUAAUGCUGUCAAACGCAAAAGAGUUUCAUCUUUACAAAAGGACAAAUAUUUGUCAAACCUUAUGCCAACGCUAAGCUAUGAUCAUUUCAAGAAUGUUGAUUGUGUGAUUGAAGCAGUAUUUGAAGAUAUUAAUAUCAAGCACAAGGUUAUUAAAGAAUUGGAAGCGGUAAUUCCGAAACACUGCAUUGUUGCUACCAAUACUAGUGCUAUACCCAUCACGAAAAUAGCUGCUGGUAGCAGUAGACCGGACAAAGUUAUUGGUAUGCAUUACUUCUCGCCUGUGGAUAAAAUGCAACUGCUUGAGAUCAUCCGUCACCCUGGCACCAGCGAUGACACAGCAGCAGCAGCAGUGGCAGUCGGCCUACGUCAAGGCAAAGUAGUUAUUACUGUUGGAGACGGCCCUGGCUUCUAUACUACACGCAUUCUAUCAACUAUGCUCAGUGAAGCUGUCAGGUUAUUGCAAGAAGGUGUUGACCCAAAAGACUUGGAUAGUAUGACAAAACAGUUUGGUUUUCCUGUAGGUGCCGCUACAUUGGCAGAUGAGGUUGGCAUUGAUGUAGGUUCGCAUAUAGCCGUCGAUUUGGCCAAGGCAUUUGGUGAUCGUAUCAGCGGUGGGGACUUAAACAUUAUGCAGGAUCUAGUGAAGGCAGGCUUUAUGGGCAGAAAGUCUGGAAAAGGCUUCUAUGUUUAUGAGAAAGGUACUAAAAAUAGGGAUGUUAAUCAAGAAGCAGUACAAAUGUUGAAAGAAAAAUACUCUUUAGAUCCUAAAGGUGCUAAUACUGUGGAAGAUCAACAGUUAAGGAUGGUUUCAAGAUUUGUCAAUGAAGCAGUAUUAUCAUUAGAAGAAAAUAUUUUGCACAGCCCAUUGGAAGGUGAUGUAGGUGCAGUUUUUGGUCUUGGAUUUCCACCAUUUACAGGGGGCCCCUUCAGAUGGGUUGAUCAAUAUGGUGCUGAUAAAUUGGUCAAAAAAAUGGAAGAGUAUCAGGGUUUGUAUGGAGCACCUUUUAAACCAGCACAAUCACUUGUAGACAUGGCCAAAGAUACUAGCAAGAAGUUUCACACAAAG